AUGCAGAUCACCAACAUCUUCCUACCCGUUCUGGCUGCCGCGACUGCCGUCUCUGGCUCUCCCAUCGCCAAGCGGGAGGUCAAAUCUAUGAUGGCUUACGGUGUCGCCGAAUGGACGAUUGAGAGUUUCGUCCGCACAUGCAAUCCAGAGAAUACAGCUUGCGACUACAGCUUCACCAUUAACACUCACACGACGGACCCAACUGCUUGCAAGUUCACCACCACUGGUUCUCCUGCCAGCCGGGCCCCCUCCAACGCCAAGUGUGGAGUCUACACUGUCACCUCCGGCUGGAGCGGCCAAUUCGGUGACAAUGCUGGCUUCACCACACUCUCGGUCACUGACCAGAAGCUAAUUGUCUGGCCCGCCUACACCGACAAGCAGCUCAGUAAUGGCCAAGUUGUCAGCCCUGACCAGAGCUACGCCCCACAGAACCUUCCUUAA